AUGUCCUUCCUUUUUCUUUUUUAACUUGCUCCAACUUUCUUACCACCUGGGUAGGAUUUGGCUAGAUUCCGGAAAGGGUCCGUCGAAGGCGUCCGCCCGAUGUCCCUCGGCAGGGAGUUCCAAAGGCUUGGAAAACCAAGUUGUCACAAACGCGGGGAGGCGAUUAUAUGACAUCCCUCGGGGAUGGUGUGAAAACGACGGAGACCGGAAUCCGGCGCCGCCUAGCGGGCCGCGCAGCCUCCACCCAGCCUGCGAUCCCGGCUCGCUUUGUCCAACACGGGAAGGCGGAGCGCCGGCUCUGCUCUUCCGAUCCAUCUCGCCUCUUCUUCGUCCUGCUCCUCCUUUUGCAGCCCGUCGGGGGCGCAGGGAGGAGCCGGAGGUAGAGAAGCAGGAGGCGGAGGCAAGACGAGGCCGGCCGGCGGACGCAUCUCUCCUUCCUCCCGGUCCCUUUGCGCUCCUCUCCGCCGCGGCCCCCUCGCCAUCUCUCCACCGGGCGCGCCGUCCAGGCGCCCAGGUUUGCGCUCCUCUCCGCCGCGGCCCCUUCUCCAUCUCUCCACCGGGCGCGCCGUCCUCCGGAGGAGACACAAAGGCAGCCCGGAGAAGGCGCCUGGCUGCUGGGCCGGGCCGGAUCGGGCCGAGGCGAACCGGGGCAAAGCGGUGGCCGCGGCUGGGGCCAGGUGGUGGCGCGCCAUGGCGGGCGCGUCGGGCGCGUCGUGCAGCCUGAAGGACGAGCUGCUGUGCUCCAUCUGCCUGAGCAUCUACCAGGACCCGGUGAGUUUCGGCUGCGAGCACUACUUCUGCCGCCGCUGCAUCACGGAGCAUUGGAGCCGCCAGGAGGCGCAGGCGGCGCCGGCCCGCGACUGCCCCGAGUGCCGGCGCACCUUCGCCGAGCCGGCGCUGGCGCCCAGCCUCAAGCUGGCCAACAUCGUGGAGCGCUACGCCGCCUUCCCCCUCGACGCCAUCCUGCUGAGCGCGCAGCAGCGCGGCGCCUCCGCCUUCGCCUGCGCCAAGGAGCACGGCAAGGUCAAGCUCUUCUGCCUCACCGACCGCGCCGUCGUCUGCUUCUUCUGCGACGAGCCAGCCGUGCACGAGCAGCACCAGGUCACCAGCCUCGACGACGCCUUCGAGGAGCUCCAGAGGGAACUUAAGGAGCAGCUGCAGACUCUGCAGGACAGCGAGCGCGGCCACACAGAAGCCCUGGCUCUCCUGAAACGGCAGUUGGCCGAGACAAAGUCCUCCGCCAAGAGCCUGCGGGCCACGAUCGGGGAGGCCUUUGAACGGCUGCACCGCCUGCUCCGCGAGCGCCAGAAGGCCAUGUUGGAGGAGCUGGAGGCGGACACGGCCCGGACUCUGACGGACAUUGAGCAGAAGAUCCAGCGCUACAGCCAGCAGCUCCGCAAAGUUCAGGAGGGCAGCCAGAUCCUCCAGGAGCGGCUGGCCGAGGCGGACAAACACUCCUUCCUGGCUGGCAUUGCGUCCUUGUCCGAGAGGCUCAAGGGCAAGAUCCACGAAACGAACCUCACGUACGAGGACUUCCCCACCUCCAAGUAUAUGGGGCCCUUGCAGUACACGAUCUGGAAAUCUCUUUUUCAGGACAUCCACCCAGUGCCUGCCACCCUCACGCUGGACCCCUCCACGGCCCACCAGCGCCUCAUCCUCUCCGACGACUGCACCAUCGUGGCCUACGGCAACCUGCACCCGCAGCCUCUGCAGGACUCCCCCAAGCGCUUUGACGUGGAGGUCUCGGUGCUGGGCUCGGAGGCCUUUGGCGGCGGGGUGCACUACUGGGAGGUGGUGGUCUCGGAGAAGACGCAGUGGAUGAUCGGCCUGGCGCACGAGGCCGUCACGCGCAAGGGCAGCAUCCAGAUCCAGCCCAGCCGCGGCUUCUACUGCAUCGUCAUGCACGACGGCAACCAGUACAGCGCUUGCACAGAGCCCUGGACCCGGCUGAACGUCAAGAGCAAGCUGGAGAAGGUGGGCGUCUUCUUGGACUACGACCGCGGCCUCCUGAUCUUCUACAACGCAGACGACAUGUCCUGGCUGUACACCUUCCGGGAGCGCUUCCCGGGCAAGCUCUGCUCCUACUUCAGCCCGGGGCAGAGCCACGCCAACGGGAAGAACGUGCAGCCGCUGCGGAUCAACACCGUCCGCAUUUAAGGGCUGCCGACGGGGUGGGAGAACCGUCAGCGGCAUGGCACUGACUGUUGUGAGCCGUGAUGCCUGGCUCCUGGGGGUCCCUCCCAACUCUACCGUUCUGUGAUUCUGUUUUUGACUGGCAGAACACAGGGGUGAACACGCAGGGUUCCUUGCUUGAGCUUCCGGAAGAGCGGGGCUUUUCAAUUAGGGACAGAAAACUGGUGUGGGGUCCCCCAGGGGAGGGGAGUCGGGAUUCUUGCUUGUGGCAUUUCUGGGUGCUGCCCCUCGACGCAGCUUGGUGGGCAGCCAGCGAUGGUGCUGUGAGGUGGGCCGUGGGCCAGCUGAGGAACGAGGCACUAUUGCGAGGGAACAUACUCCAAACUUUUCUUUCCCGGCAAAGUCUGCGUGGUGCAGUUUCCAGGCCCACAGGCAGGUGCAUGUACCAGAACGAAACCUCGCGGCCCCCACCGCUGGCUGGUUUAAGUGGGAACGGGUUUAUGUCUGUAUGGACUUUUAUUAGUUGGUCUGAUUUCCUGUUUUGGGAGGCUGGGAGGAAAAUGGCGGCUGGGGAGCACCGGGGAGGGGGAGGAAAGAAGGAAACGGUGAAAUAAAUGGAACGUUUGGACCCCAAA